GCUUCCCUACGACUUUAAAAGAUGGCUACUGCAAAUAGACACUGCAGAAUCAUCUUGAUGGGAAGUUUUUAUUCUUUUAUGGAAAAAAAACAAAAACGUUAUUAUACCUUCAGGUGAGGAACCAGGCCUGGUCUCUUUCUUCAUAUGGCAGAAUUUUCAUCAAAGUGUUUCUACUCAGGUUGAAGGAGUUUUCUACGUGAACGAAUCUCUGGAGAAGUUGAUGUUUGAGGAGCUCAGGAACGCCUGCCGAGGAGGAGGAAUUGGAGGGUUCCUGCCGGCCAUGAAGCAGAUCGGGAACGUUGCAGCUCUGCCUGGCAUCGUUCAUAGGUCCAUCGGACUCCCAGAUGUCCACUCCGGCUACGGAUUCGCCAUCGGAAACAUGGCUGCCUUCGACAUGAACGAUCCGAACGCCGUGGUUUCUCCAGGCGGGGUCGGCUUUGACAUAAACUGCGGCGUCCGUCUCCUGAGGACCAACCUGGAUGAGCGGGACGUCCAGCCGGUGAAAGAGCAGCUAGCCCAGUCCCUGUUCGACCACAUCCCUGUCGGAGUCGGCUCCAAAGGAGUCAUCCCAAUGGGAGCCAAGGAUCUAGAGGAGGCUCUGGAGAUGGGGGUGGACUGGUCCCUGAGGGAGGGCUACGCCUGGGCCGAGGACAAGGAGCACUGCGAGGAAUACGGACGCAUGCUGCAGGCCGAUCCCAACAAGGUGUCCUCCAAGGCCAAGAAGAGAGGCCUGCCACAGCUGGGAACGCUGGGAGCUGGAAACCACUACGCUGAGAUCCAGGUGGUGGACGAGAUCUACAACGAGUACGCCGCCAAGAAGAUGGGCAUCGACCACAAGGGCCAGGUGUGCGUGAUGAUCCACAGCGGCAGCCGGGGCCUCGGACACCAGGUCGCCACAGAUGCUCUGGUUGCCAUGGAGAAGGCCAUGAAGCGUGAUAAGAUCACUGUGAACGACCGGCAGCUGGCGUGCGCUCGGAUCACUUCGCAGGAGGGGCAGGACUACCUGAAGGGGAUGGCCGCCGCAGGGAACUACGCCUGGGUCAACCGCUCCUCCAUGACCUUCCUGACCCGACAGGCCUUCUCCAAAGUCUUCGGCACCACACCAGACGACCUGGACAUGCACGUCAUCUACGAUGUCUCCCACAACAUCGCCAAGGUGGAGGAGCACAUGGUGGACGGGAAGCAGAGGACGCUGCUGGUCCACCGUAAGGGAUCCACGCGGGCGUUCCCCCCUCAUCACCCUCUGAUCCCCGUGGACUACCAGCUCACAGGCCAGCCGGUGCUGAUCGGAGGAACGAUGGGAACCUGCAGCUACGUCCUGACAGGAACCGAACAGGGAAUGACGGAAACCUUCGGCACUACGUGUCACGGAGCGGGCCGCGCUCUCUCUAGAGCAAAAUCCCGCAGGAAUCUGGACUUCCAAGACGUCCUGGACAAACUAGCCGACAUGGGCAUCGCCAUCCGGGUGGCUUCUCCCAAACUGGUCAUGGAGGAGGCUCCGGAAUCCUACAAGAACGUGACAGACGUGGUGAACACGUGUCAUGACGCUGGAAUCAGCAAGAAGGCCAUCAAACUCAGGCCCAUCGCCGUGAUUAAAGGCUGACGGCGGCUCGGCGCCGCCGUCUAGGACAGUUUGCUCUGAACUGGUUCCGUUUCUCUUCAGUUCUUCACAGUUUGAUAAAAGGAUGACGCUAUGAGGCUGGUUCCGCUCUGAGACCGGCUGUUUUUCUUUUGCCAAAUAAAAACGAUCACAUGAGG